CUCGUACCCAGAGCAGAGCAUGGCGUCUCCAGCGGCGCAGCAAGGCAAGCCCUCCAUCCACUCCAUGCCGUCCCACAGAUCUGCAGCUGCUUCUCUACUGGCAGUAUGGCUCGGCGUAGCGCUGCUUGGGGUUGGAGCGGCACCGCCUAGGCCUAGCAGCAGUUGCCAGAGAGAAUGCGGCGGCGUAGACAUCCCUUACCCGUUCGGCAUCGUCGAUUCGCCUGGCGACGACGGCGGCGGCUGCGCCAUGCCCGGCUUCGGCCUGACCUGCAAAGAGGCCGGGGUUAAUGGCGGGCGCCGCAGGCCGUUUUAUUACGACGUGGAGGUCGUCGACGUCUCGCUGCAGCAAGGCCAGGUCCGGAUGCAGAAUCAUAUCUCCACCUACUGCUACAACGCCGCCACCCGGGGCAUGGACCCCCACCGGUGGCAUCUCAACUUCACGGGCACGCCCUACAGGUUCGCCGACACCAACAAGUUCACCGUCAUCGGCUGCCAAACGCUGGCGUACAUCCUGGGCGAGCACGCCGGCGAUUACACGAGUGGGUGCGUGGCCAUGUGCCGAGGAGAAAGCGACGGCGAUGUGAGGUCGGCCCUCAGCAACGACUCCUGCUCCGGGAUUGGGUGCUGCCAGACCGCCAUCCCCAGGGGCCUGCAGUACUAUGAAGUGGAGUUCGACUCCGGCUUCAACACCACGGAGAUCUACAACGUCAGCCGCUGCAGCUACGCCGUGCUCAUGGACGCGGCCGGCUUCAGCUUCUCGACUACCUACGCGACCUCGCCGGGGCUCAACAGCACCUACGGCGGAAAGGCGCCGCUGGCGGUGGAUUGGGUUGUUGGAGAGGAGACAUGCGACGCGGCGCGCAAGAAUUCCUCGUCCUACGCCUGCGUCAGCGACCACAGCGAGUGCUUGGACUCGCUCAAUGGACCAGGCUACAUCUGCAACUGCUCCAAAGGCUACCAAGGCAAUCCUUACCUGCAAGAUCCGGAGCACGGAUGCAAAGAUAUCAACGAGUGCACAGACCUGGUGAAAUACCCUUGCAAUGUGCCUGGAACUUGCCAAAAUUUUCUUGGCGGAUUCGAGUGUGGUUGCCCCAAGCAUAUCAAAGGCGACGCCCAAAAUGGGACGUGCGACGGAAACCACACAUUUGGUAUUGGAGAAAAACUCGGUAUUGGAGCCUUUGGCGUUGUUUUGGUUGGCCUGGUUUGUAUCCUUGCAGUAGAAAUCAUCAGUCACAAAAGGAGUAUCAAGAGACAAGCACUGAUCAGACAGAGUGAUGAAUACUAUCAACAACACGGGGGCGAGAUACUAUCAGAAAUUAUGAGAGUAGAGCGUAAUAUUGGGUUCACUGUCUAUGCCAGAGCAGCAAUCGAGGCGGGAACAAACAUGUUCGACAAGGAGAACAUCAUCGGGGAAGGAGGGCAGGGGACCGUGUACAAGGGGGUCCUCGACGUCGACGGCAAGGACACACUCGUGGCUGUAAAAAGAUGCAAGGAGGUGGAUGAGAGCAGGAGGAAGGACUUCGUGCAGGAGCUGGUGAUACUCUGCCGUGUCGACCAUCCCAACAUCGUCAAGCUCCUGGGUUGCUGCCUGCAGUUCGAGGUGCCCAUCCUGGUGUACGAGUACGUGAAGAACAAAACCCUGCAGGAGCUAUUGUACAGCCAGCCGACCUCGUGUCGCGCCACCCUGGGAACCCGUCUGAGGAUCGCCGCGCAGUCCGCCGGAGCACUGGCGUACCUGCACUCGCUGGCGCACCCGAUACUCCACGGCGACGUGAAGCCCGCCAACAUCCUUCUCAGCGACGGAUGGGUCGCCAAGGUGUCUGACUUCGGCUGCUCCACCAUCGAUGAGAAGACUCAGGUGGUGGCCAGAGGCACAGCGGGCUACGUUGACCCAGAGUACCUGCUUGAGUACCAGCUCACCCACAAGAACGACGUCUACAGCUUUGGGGUCCUCCUUCUGGAGCUCCUAACCGGGAAGAAGCCGCUGUCAAAGCAACGAAAGAGCCUCAUGGUGAUGGUUCAAGAGUCUAUGGGGGAUGGCACGCUCCAUCAACUCUUUGACAGGGAAAUAGUCGAUGAUGCUAGCAUGGGAGUGGCCGUUCAGGCUGCGGAGCUGGCGACUCGAUGCUUAGUUAUGCCGGGGAACAGGAGGCCGGCGAUGAGGUGCGUUGCUGAGGAGCUCCAGAAAUUGGCAGACCAAGUGCAGCAGCCGUUGGUUUUGGAGUGUCAUAGCCUCACUGUCAAAGGUAUGGAGAGCUCCAUGUCAUCUGAGAGUGACACCACCGGGGUUUUCAGCCUUGAAAAGAAAGCCGCAUUGAGCAUAGAAUUCGCUAGAUGAUAUCAUGAGAAACAUAUUAGAAACGGUUUGCUAGCUAUACGAUCCAUGGUUGUAUCACGUUUGUUGGUCGUUGCUAUGAAAUCCACCUUAAGCUUAGCACCAAAUAAUUUACGUAUUUAUAAGCACUCACUUGACCUCCUACGUAUGUAGAGCAGGUUUGCAACAAUUUUAAUUUGCUACUGUUUAACUAUAUUGUCUGUCCUCUCUUCA